AUGGAAGGCAGACGCGGACGAACGCGGGCGGACGCGGGGCUCCGCCGCCGGGGCGCGCUCGGGCUGGGCGGGCUCCGCCUCCGGCGCGACCUCCGACUGGGCGAGAUCCGCCGCUGGCAACUCGUGCGGCUCCCGGGCGGCCGCGACGCGCUGUCGAGCGCGCGGUGGAGGCGCGCCGUGGAGGCCGGGCUGGACGCGUCCGUGGCGCUGCUGGACCUGUGCGAGCGCGCCCGGGACGCCGCCGCGUCCGCCAAGCAGCACGUGCGCGCGGCGCGGCGCGCGCUCCGGCGAGGGGACGCCGCGCUCGCCAGGGCGGCCGCGCGGGGGUACGCCCGGUGCCUGGCCAGGGCCGGCAAGCAGGCCGGCGCGAAGAAGGCCCUGGGCAGGCGCGCGGCGCCGGCGGGGGAGGCCGAGGCGCCGGCCGCGGUGAGGGUGCUCUCGGAGGCGGUGGCGGUCACCGUCGCCGUGCUGCAGCGCGUGCUGUCGUCGCUGUCCGCGCGCGUCGCGGACACGAGGAAGAGCAGGUGGUGCGUCGUGUCGAGGCUGGUGCGCGGCGACCGGUCGCUUGGUGUGUGUGGGGAUCUGGACGGGGAGGGUGGGGUGAUGAGCGCGCAGGAGACGUUGCAGGAGCUGGAGGACAGUGUGGAGGCCGUGGAGACCGGGCUGGAGCAUCUGUUCAGGCAUAUUGUUCAGACCAGAGUUGCCCUGCUCAAUGUGCUUACCUUGUAA